AUGACAUGGAAGAUAUCACUGAUGACUACUCCGACGCUUCAGGAUGACAUGGAAGAUAUCACUGAUGACUACUCCGACGCUCCAGUUAGAACACAUUUAAUAGAAUUCAAGAAGAUUCCCGCACUGACCACUAUGAAACAACGUGCACAAGGAACUUUCCAUCGUACAAAAAUGUACAACGCUACCAGUGAAGAUACUAACUCCUUGUUCACAAUGCUGAGACAUCACGGGAUGAAAAUUGAGGAGGCAGGUAAACCUUGCGUUUCACAAGCCUCUAUUAUUGUUUCCAUAUCGUCUUGGGCCUAA